AUAAAAAUAUUAUGGGUAAUACCAACUUUUGUAUUACUCAUUAUUCAUCAAAACCCUCAUGCAACUAAUCAGGAAAUAACAUUCUCAAAUCUACUAUAAAACGGUUACAGUAUAACUGCUUUUGAAAUCUUUAGGAGAUCAGCUCUCGGGUCAACUUUACUCACCAGUUCCAGACCUGUCUUUCAAUAAAUGUAAUCUUCCUACUCCAUGAACAAUAUUUUUAUAGCAGUUCAACAUGUCAUACUUCCACAUCGGAGUAAUCCUAGCAACAGCUGCCAUUCUCCAGGUUUCAACUUAUCCGGUGGUAGUUUUUCCUGAGUAUUUUAUUACUGAUGUUGGCACUGAAUCUGUUACCACCACCUGUACUGUAUCACUGGAUCAAGUGUCAAAACCAUAUUCUGAAUAUUCGAUUCGUUGGGCGCAUGGUCGUACAUUAGGUACCAAAAUAGUUGCUAAUAAUGGUACAGUGGUUAAUCAAAAUAAGUAUAGUCUUCAUGAAAUGUCAUCCAUUGCAAGCGACGCCACCAUUACCCAAAGUUUGACGGUACAUGGAAUUGAAGAAGAUGACACUGGUGGAUACUGGUGUAAUCCCGUUUUUUUUAGCAAUGAUAGUGUACCUUUUGGACGGUCCGCAAUUUUUAAAAUGGUUGUAAGGAAUGUCAUCCCUCUAAUUAGCUGUGACUACAAACCUUGGUCUCGAGAGUUGACAUGUUUCUGUCAUCCAGGUGAUCCACCACUAACACUGCAAUGGUUUGACAAAGACGGCAAUGUACUGGGAGAAGGAACUCAAUCGGGAUAUACUAAUUAUGUAUCCGUUGAGCAUGCAGUACCCACUGAGUCUUCUAUAGGCGAACAGUUCACCUGUGUAGCUACUAGUCCAGGAACAGUAACAACACAGGAAUGCAUAGGUACUCAAAUCAUGCCAACUGCGGAUACUAUAGAAUUCUCGUUUAUUUAUCAUCAGUCAACUAUGGAUGGGUUACCAGCUACAGAGGUGGUUCCAAUGAUAUCAAACUUCAAUGACGCAUCUGGUAAUAGUUACGUUACCUCACCAUCAACGACACAUGUAGGCUACAACCAAAAUAUCCAAACAGAGUUUUUUUCCACACCAAGCUCCAAUGACGAAUCUGGAAAUAGUUACCUUUCCACAUCACCAACACUACCAUACAGCAUACAAAAUAUCACAACAUAUACUUUUGGAGCAACUAAUGCUGGGAAUGUGCACACGCUAACACCCAAUCAAAUUUACUUAUCAAAAGACUUAAUUAUUGUCAUAUCUGUCAUUGGUAUGAUGAUUAUUGUAAUGAAUAUGGCGUUAAUGUACAUAAUCAUAAGAAAAAAUAAACACACAUGUGAUACUGGGAUGUCAAUGGAACCAUAUCGUCAGCAACAUGGUGAUUCCACACAUCAACAUCAAGCUGCUCCAUCAGAAGAUAUUGAUGGUUACUUCAGUUAUAUCCCCAGCCAUCACGAUCAGUUGGGAGCAUCAGGUGCUCCCUCACAAGAUAAAGAUGGUUACAUCAACUAUAACCCCCAUUACGAUGAGUGUGUGUGAAUCAUCUAUACGAAAGCAGUAAGCCUAAGUUAACUUUAAAGGAAUUAAUUUACUUUAAUAACAGUGUUACAAUAUGUGGCCCACAUGUCCUGGUAAUCCAAGAUAAAGUGAUACAGCCACCAAAAUACAAUAUUUUCAAAUUUAUUCGUUUAUUUUUAUUUCAAAGAAUACAGACAAUUUAAGUGACUAAUUAUAGGCUUAAAUACUUUAUGCACCAAUUAAAAAGUAAUUAAUAAUUUUUGUUUAAAUGGUCUUUUUAACUAAGGUAAGCACAUUCAACGGGUAUCUAAAUUAUCCCUCCGCUGGCGCCACCCAGGUGAUAAUUACAAAAUAAUUUUACUACUUAGAUGGUAAUAAGAUUAUUAUAAAUAAUAUAACCAUGUUAUAAUUUUAUCUUUUUUAGAUGUUUAUUUCGCAUAUAAUCUUAGCGUCCUUAAUUUUU